AUUUGGCUCAAACUUGCAAGGACAAUGACACUGUAGGCGCCGUUAUACGUUGUACAAACAACAUGUGAUGUGUUCACGUGGCACGAUUCACAGGUGGCGCCGGCCAGCCCGGAGGGCCGGGCUUUCACCGUCCUCCUCAUACCUUGAUGUCUUACGGUUCUUCGUCCGCUGGUCAUCCUGGGCGUCGUGGGGAGCCGCGUGGGCGAGCAGGUCGCGCGCCGCGGGCGCGCCCUCCUGGGGUGGGUGUGGGACGCCCCCGUGGUCGCGCCCGCGGCGGCCCUGCUCGCGGGGACGCUGCUGCUCGCGUGGGUCUUCGUAUCGCUGGAGCAGCGCUCCUGGGUGGAGGGCCUCUACCUGACACCAUGACGCUAACCACGGUGGGGUACGGCCAGCUGGGGCCGCUCUCCCCCGGGACGCGCUGGAUCCUGUGCCUCGCGCUCCCCGUCGCCGUCACCGCAGCGGGCCUGCUCGCGGGGCAGCUCGCAGAGCGCCUGCGGGAGCCCUGGGAGCGGCUGGCGCCGUCCCGCAGCAGGCGCGCCCGGCUGCUCCUCCCGAGCUCAUCUGUGGUCCUGGCCGUGUCCCUCGCGUCUGGUGCGGCCUUCUCCUGCUGGGGCAGCCAGGGCUGGACAUUCCUCGACGGCUUCUACUUCGGGGCCGUCACGGUCACCACUGUCGGCUAUGGGGACCUGUCACCUUCCGAGACCGAGGUGGAGAUGUGGCUCGCCGCGGCGCUGAUGUGGACGGGCGUCGUGCUCGUGUCCGCGUGGCUGCAGCGCAUCGGCUUGGAGGCGUCGGGCCUCGGUAGCCUCUUGUCGAGGCAGCUGCCCAGGGCCUCUGGCAACGCGCUGCCGCUGGCCGCCGGGGGCCGCGGGCGCGGCCGCUGCGGGCGCCGGUGCCGUCGGCUGCUGGCGGAGCGGUGCGCCGAGCUGGCGCCCGAGAGCGACGCGGGGCGCGAGGCGCUGGCUGGGCUCGUCUUCCUGGCGGCGCUGCACGCCGGCGGCGCGGUGCUCUUCAGCUGGCUCGAGGCGUGGAGCCUCGCCGACGGCGCGUACUUCACCGCGGUGACCCUGUCCACUGUGGGGUACGGCGACCUGUGCCCCUCGCACGCGGGGUCCCGCGCGGCCACCGCGGCCUUUGUGCUCGUGGGCGUGCCCGCGUGCGCGGAGCUCGUGGGGUCGCUCUCGUGCUUCUGGGCCGGGGCGCUCGCGGAGGCGCUCGAGGGCGCGCCGGCGGGCAGCAGCCCCGAGAGGCAUGCUUGCCUCAGCGGUGGCACGCCAGAGAUCCGUAGUGCUCUCCAGGGAGCGACAGAGAGCAUCAGCGUUAGGGACGACGACACCGCUGCGCUGCGCAAGCCGGACGGUUUCACCAAACUGAGCUGCUCGGCAGCGCGGGUGCCGCAGCCUGGGGUGACCAGCUUGCGGUCGAGUGGCGCAGGGUCCCCUCCCUUGCGGUCGCGCCAGGUGACCGCGGCAUGAUUUCCGGCUGGACCUGUCGUGGCCUUCCCGCUCUCGAGGUGCGACCUUUGCAGACGCAUUCCGCGCGGCUCACUGUGGCGCCUGGCAGCGGCGCUGGCCACCUCCUAUUCUUUUUUGUGCCUCUAGCGGCGACCUGCUGCGAGUAGGUCGGAUGGCCGCAGCGUUCGGUUCAGGUGAGCGAGCACGCGGAAUGCAGCUGCUAUCUGCUAGAUGCCUUCAGUGCCUUAGUGGACGUCUUCUUGUAAUGGCCCUCAUGGACCAUCUAUGCGGCCUGGAGGUUUAGUUAUUCAACCCAGGGUCGGAAAGAUUUUAGUUCGCGAGUGCUAUUUGAUGUGUUUCACAGCCUCUGAUGUUCUCAUACAUUCGUUCUCACACCUUCGGCGAUUAUCCAUAUUGGGGCCGGCGGAUUUUCUACGUACGUUCUCGCCCCUUGCUGGCGACGAUCCAUACUUCCGUCGUCUAGCUGCAAUUAUCGCCUGUUGUUUGAAGUCGUUAUCCGUGCCGCGCCCAUCCGCCAAUGCGCCGUGUAUGUGGGGGGGGACGGCUGGGGAGAUCUUUUCCCGCGCAGGAAUUUCGGUUUUCGCACAAUUUGUCGCGGAGGGG